AUGGCGGAUCUUCGCAAUCGAUUGCGUGAUUUGGGCGUCCCAGAUGACGUUCCAGUCCAAGGUGGAAACGACGUUGAAAUUCGAGAUGAAGGAAAUGGUAUUUUGUUCAUUGGCUUUGGCCACGACAAUGAUUGCUAUCUAUCAUUUCAUGACUUGACAAUUGUUAUACCCUUGAUUGGACAUCGAUUUCAUGUGCUUUGGGUAGAUGUUGAUGAUGAUGAUAUUGAUUUGCAGGGUUGGGGAUUCCCCCAAAAUGAAGCCGAUCAAUUGAUCCUGCUGUUCCAAACUUGCUUUCCAAAUUUGAAAGCAGUCUCCCUUUAUGGCAUGAUUUCAGAUGAAACUCGUACAAGUCUCGUCCAAAGUCUCCCUCGGCGUGUGGUCAGUCUAGGCUUCACGUUUGCAAGCGCGGUGACGAUGUUUCCUACUGCAAUGUCAACGAUCUCUGAUCGUUACCCUGGAUUGAAGUCACUGGAAUUUUCAUAUAUCUCGUUUGAUCUUCCAGGUCAAGAUACAGUUCCCUUCUUUGAGUCAGUUAAGAAACUCAUCCAAGACUUGCCAAGUCUCCAAAAUCUGAAACUCGAUCAUGUUGAAUCCACCCAACCAGAAGAUUGGAGUUUGGUUACCGAAGCCAUUCUGGCACAUCCCAACCUCAAGAAGCUCAAGUUUCGCGCAGAUCAUGGCUUUGAUGGCUUUGACGAAACAACAGAACGCGCCAUUGUUCGCCACCUCGGGGAAAACAGAUUGAAGGCGACGCUACGACCCGCCGACAAUACCGGUACCACUUUCGACCUUCACCGAUGGGUGGUUACUGCCGCCGCUUUUCGUAACCAGUCCGGUUUCGGCUAUCUGUUCUCUCCUGAGGUUAUUGAUCCGUGUGUCCUCGCCCAGUCAGCACUUGAUCAGCUCCGUUUUCGGGCCGCUACCAAGAAGUAUUUUGAAAACGAACUGGGCAAGAUUCGAGUCAAGUUGGCUCAAACUCAAGAGCCCCCAUGUAGCUGGAUCUGCUUCGAGACAAUGCUGGUUGCGAAAUUGAAUGCAUUGGAAAGUGGGUCGCAAGCCUCUGCCUCGGUCAGUCAAACAACCGAGGACCUUCAACGCCUUGAGCGGGCUCAGGUCUUCGAGUAUGAGGCUGCUGACUAA